CGCUACAAGACCGCGUUGAAGACACGGUACGGGCACUUCGAGUCGUCAUGCCUUUUGGACACACCAACACCCUGGCGACUUUCCAAGCGGCGAUGACCAACGAGUUUCAUGCAAUGCUGUACCAGUUCGUGCUGGUCUACUUGGACGACAUCCUCGUCUAUAGCCGGACCUUGGAGGAACAUCUUGACCAUCUUCGACGAGUGUUGGAGACACUCCGGCGCGCCAAGUUCAAAGCCAACCUCGACAAGUUCGAAUUCGUACGCCAAGAGUUGGAAUACUUGGGCCACUUCGUUAGCGUCUUCCUUGUCCAUUGCGCACCGGCGACCUCAGGAAGAGCAGGAGAGGAAGAGGAGGAAGAGGAGGAAGAGGAGGACGAGGAGGACGAGGAAGAGGAGGAAGAGAAGGAAGAGGAGGAAGAGGAGGAGGAGGAAGAGGAAGAGGAGGAAGAGGAGGAGGAGGAAAAGGACAAGGACCAGGAAGAGAACAAGGAAAAGGAGGAAAAGGAGGAAGAGGAGGAAGAGGAGGAAGAGAAGAAGGACAAGGAGGAGGAAGAGGAAGAGGAGGAAGAGGAGGAAGAGGAGGAAGAGGAAGAGGACGAGGAAGACAAGGAAGACGAGGAAGGCGAGGAAGAGGAGGAAGGCGAGGAAGAGGAGGAGGGAGGAAGAGGACAAGGAAGAAGAGAAGAAGAGGACGAGGAAGAGGAGGAAAAGGACAAGGAAGAGGACAAGGAAGAGGGCAAGGAAGAGGACAAGGAAGAGGACAAGGAAGAGGAGGAAGAGGAGGAGGAAAACUCAUAUUAUGAUGGCAGUUUCUUGAACAGUUCAGCGAUUCAAGGAUUGCUCCCACCUCUCACGCACCUCUUCAUCAUAUCUUGAUACUCGAAGGUUUCCUGCCCUAUGCAGGGCAUAAAACAGCGUGAAUGUCGUUAUUCCGACCCAUGCUGCUAUGAAUAGUGCACCGAGGAUCUGAAUGAACAAGAGGACAAAGA